GAUUGUGGUCCAUCCCAAAGGCAAACAACGCAGGGAUUUAUUCAUGCCUUAGGGAUCUUCUCAAUGUCUCCUAGCACCUAUCCGCUCGAAGACGAGAAUGUCAAUCCUACCGCGAAUUGGAAAUUAUCAGCACCAGCUCCAGCAAAGAAAUCAUGGAUCCCAGCGGGCUUUGGAGGCAGUGGCAAGCAUGACGCCACCAUCGACAUCCCAUUAUAUGAUCCGAAGAAGCGGGAGCAAGAGCUCUUAUCAUGGGAGGAGGAUUUGAAGAGGAGGGAGCGGGAUAUCAUACAGAGGGAGAAUGCAAUGAACAGAGCUGGUGUCACCAUCGAAGUGAAAAAUUGGCCACCAUUCUUCCCCGUCAUACAUCAUGACAUAGCCAAUGAAAUACCAACCCAUGCUCACCAGUUGCAAUAUUCAGCAUUUGCUAGUUGGCUAGGAAUUGUUGUAUGUCUCAGUUGGAAUGUAGUUGCCGUCUUAGUUGAAUCAAUUCACGGGGAAGGUGCUAAUAUUUUGCCUCACGAACAUUUUUUUUUCAGUGUGCAUCUUUUUCUUAUCCUUUUUAUGGCAGAUAUUGUUCUUUUUCUCCUUGCCAUCAUCUAUGCUGCAUUUGGAUGUCCUCUUUCAUACAUCCUAUGGUACAGGCCUCUGUACCAGGCCAUGAGAACUGAUAGCGUGGUGACAUUUGCCCAGUUUUUCGUCUUCUACUCGGUGCAUGUUGGGUUUUGUGUUAUUGCUGCAAUUGCUCCGCCGAUAAUAUUCAUGGGGAAAACUCUUACGGGAAUUCUUGUGGCUAUCGAGGUUUUAAACACGGAUAUGUUUGUCGGGGUACUUUAUCUAAUUGGAUUUGUAUUGUUCACGGCAGAAUCUCUUAUAAGCAUUUGGGUGCUUGAGAGGGUAUGCGUGUAUUUUCGAGGGCACAGGUGAAGCCUAGCAAUGAGACUAUGAAAUCAUUCAAGGCAACUGUCUCCUCAACAGCAAGCAUUCUGAUGUAAAACACAAAGUUGACGGUGAAUGUGGGUGAACUGCCUCUGCUGAAUUCUUGCAUAUUCAGACAUACAGUGGAAAUUGAUUUAAUCUCAUAGUAGAAAUGUGAAUCAAGAUAACAAGUACUAUUUGAUUCAACAUCUCCGAAACAGAAUGGUGGUACCAGAUCCCAUGCCUCCAAAACUUGCAGCGUGUCUCCUGCCGAUGUGCGAAUGGUGAAGCGUGUUAGACAGUUCAGGCUUAUGCAGGUUCUCCGGUCAAAGAUGAAAGCAUUUAGGACCUCUUUUGUUUUUCAUUUGUA